CCAGUAAGGAACUCGUCUAAGCAGGCCCAUGUGGUGCACUGAAAACCGGGCGACAGGACAGCACUUCAGAAAUAUCCACCUUUAAAAUAAUACAUUUUGCAUCUUGAUGUGUUUAUAGCUCGCGUUUCCAAAAUGCUAUUAGAAGCAUUAGAAGGGGAUGUUACAGUCGUCUGUAAUGCCAUUACCGCCUCUGUACGGAUUGAGGUGGAACCAGUUGGCCGUUGGUUUGAGGCCUUUGUCAAGAGGAGGAACAGAAAUGUGUCAGCCUCCUUCCAGGAGCUGGAGGAAGAGGAGGAGCUGUCUGAGGAGUCAGAGGAUGAAGAGCUACAGCUGGAGGAGUAUCCUUUGCUCCGAACGCUGGACCCCAAAGACUGGAAGAAUCAAGAUCACUAUGCUGUCCUCGCUCUGGCACAUAUGAGAUACAAGGCGACCCAGAAACAAAUCAAAGCUGCCCACAAAGCCAUGGUCUUGAAGCACCACCCAGACAAAAGGAAAGCUGCUGGAGAACAGAUCGUAGAGGGAGACAAUGACUACUUCACCUGUAUAACUAAAGCAAUAGAGAUGUUGUCCGACCCGGUGAAGAGAAGAGCGUAUGACAGUGUGGAUCCUACUUUUGACAACACCGUGCCCUCGAAGGGCGAAGCGAAAGAGAACUACUUUGAGGCGUUUGGUCCCGUGUUUGAGAGAAACGCCAGAUGGUCUUCCAAAAAGCACGUGCCCAAACUCGGGACCAUGGAUUCCACAUUUGAAGAAGUAGAUCAUUUUUACUCUUUUUGGUACAACUUCGACUCAUGGAGAGAAUUUUCGUAUUUGGAUGAAGAGGAAAAGGAGAAAGCUGAAUGUCGAGACGAGCGGCGAUGGAUUGAAAAGCAGAACCGGGCUUCCAGAGCGCAGAGGAAGAAGGAGGAGAUGAACAGAUUGAGAACACUAGUUGACACCGCCUACAACUGUGACCCCAGAAUAAAAAAGUUCAAAGAGGAGGAAAAGGCCAGGAAGGAGUCUGAGAAGAAGGCCAAGGCAGACGCCAAGAGAAAAGAGCAGGAGGAAAGGGAUCGAGCUCGCCAGGCAGAACUGGAGGCCGCCCGGCUAGCCAAGGAGAAGGAGGAAGAGGAGGCCAAGCAGGCCGCCUUGCAGGUCAAGAAGGAGAAGGACAUCCAGAAGAAGGCCAUAAAAAAAGAGAGGCAGAAACUCAGGACUACCUGCAAGAACUGGAAUUACUUUGCCGAAAACGAGUCCGACAGUGUGAAAAUGAUGGGGGAUGUGGAGAAGCUGUGUGACGGCCUGGAGCUAAUGAGUUUGCAGUCCCUCAACGAGACCUUGGCCGCAGGUUCGAAGGAGGAGGGCAAGGCAGCUGUAGAGAAGGAGGUCCAGGGGGUGAACGCCCAGCUGCAGAAGGAGAAGGAGGCGGAGGUCCAGGCCCGCCAGGCUGCACGCACGGCCGAGCAGGCCAGCGGGGGAGGAGGAGGCGGGGGCAAGGGCUGGAACGAGGAGGAGCUGCAGCUGCUUAUCAAAGCGGUCAACCUGUUCCCAGCAGGAACCAACGCCAGAUGGGAAGUCAUCGCCAAUUACAUGAACCUGCACUCCACCAGCGGCAACAAAAGGACAGCCAAAGAUGUCAUCAACAAAGCCAAGAAUUUACAGAAGCUGGACCCCGUCCAGAAAGAUGAGAUUAACAAGAAAGCCUUUGAGAAGUUCAAGAAGGAGCAUGCAGCAGUUCCUCUGACAGUUGACAACGCAGUGCCAUCUGAAAGAUUUGACGGUAGUGCCGCGUCCUGGACCGGUGAGGAGCAGAAGCUGCUGGAGCAGGCCCUGAAGACCUUCCCCGUCAGCACCGCUGAGAGGUGGGAGAAGAUCGCUGCCGCUGUCCCUGGACGCAACAAGAAGGACUGUAUGAAGAGAUACAAGGAACUGGUGGAAAUGGUCAAGGCUAAAAAGGCUGCUCAAGAACAAGUGGGUGGAAAAAGCAAAAAAUGACAGACCUGAAGCAAAACGACAGCAACAAACAACUAGCACCCAUGUUCUUUUAAAGUUAUUGUGUUGGUCUUUAUUUUAUAAUAAAAUUCAAGAAGGAAAAAAAAAAAAACUACAGAAGACUUAAAUACUUUGUAAAGUUCAGUUUCAGUUAAUGUACUGUACAGU